AUGUCAGCCGUCAAGGAGCUAGGAAAGCGCUUGGAAGCACACAAGAAGACCAGGCUUUGCAAGUUCUUCGCGCUGGGCGCGUGCACCCGUGGCCUUGCGUGCUCCUUCGCCCACGGCACGGACCAGCUCCGGAGCCAGCCGGACUUCUCGAAGACACGGCUUUGUGCAGACUUUACGGAGCUGGGGAGCUGUGCCGACGGCCGCGACUGCAAGUUCGCGCACGGCAGGCACGAGCUCCGCCCCGGCUCCGCCGCCAAGCUGGGGCGCAAAGGCGAGCGCAAAGCAGAGUUGGAGGUGUCCGCGGCCAAGCCUUCACCCUUGAAGCUUCAGAGGCUCCUGGAGGUGAAAGCUGCUGCGGAUGACUUCGACGUGUCCUUCUGGAGCCGGCAGACCACCUUGGAGGACGGCCGCCCCAUCGCCGAAGCGGAGCACAGCGACGAGGACGCGGCCAGCGUCGCCAGCGACGCGGCCAGCCUUGGCGAUCCCGAAGUCAGACUCUGGGAGGUCGAGGUGCCACGGCUCUUCGACGCAGAGAUCCAGGUGAAGAACACUUUCGUUGAGAUGAAGGGCGAGCAGCGCAGUCUUCGGAGAAUACUCUCAGAGCCCAGUUUCAUGUCUUCAAUCUCCUAG